AUGGAUAUACUCUCCACAAUCCCCGACUUCCCGACAAAGUCCUAUGCUCAUAUAUUACCAUCCUUAGAAAGGGCAAACAUUGCGGUGAAGGACCUGGUGUUGUUUGACCCUCUGGAAAUUGCCAAGCAGGCCAAGGUCGCCGUGACAGAUGUGCGUGCCCUGGCCGAGAAUGUGAUCAACGCUUUGCAUCGAGAUCUGGGUCUGGGUAGAUAUCAGGGGGAGUCCAUAGACGUGGCGCCAGCAAGCCGCGACGACAAUGAGCGGUAUACAGUCCAGGACCAUGGGGAUCCAAUUGUGAAACUAGGCCAUAGAGUUCCUGAGCUUUCAUUUGUAAGCACAUUGGAUCCUGUUUUAGAUCGGGUCCUGGCAGGUGGCAUAUCCACGGGAUAUGUAACGGAGCUGGCAGGAGAGAGCGGAUGCGGUAAAACCCAAUUCCUUCUGCAUCUAUUGCUUUCCGUUCAGCUACCUCCCCCUUAUGGCACAUCCCAAAAGGCUCUCUACUUGUCUACGGAGUCAAAUCUACCUACAAACAGGCUGUCCCAGCUUCUCGAGGAACAUCCUGUAAUUUCUACACUACCCGAGGGAUCUCCUCGCCCGUCCUUGGAAAAUAUAUUGUCCAUAACUACCAUCGAUCUCGAGUCCCAGGAUCACAUACUGAACUAUCAAAUUCCAGUGGCAGUUUCUCGUUACAAUAUUGGCCUUGUCGUUAUCGAUUCCAUAACGGCUAACUACCGUGCUGAGAGUGAUUUGGAUAAUGUUGCUGGUUUACUGGCUCGGGCAUGGCAACUUAAAAAGCUUGGCCAAUUCCUUAGGAACCUAGCCGCCAAACAGAAUAUCGCAAUUGUCGUCGCAAACCAAGUAUCAGAUAGGAUCCAGAUGGAUGAUGUUCUAUGGGUAGACGAACCUGACCCUCCCACAAGCAGUUCCUUGGAUGAAUCCCCUUUUCAGCAUCAAUCCCAGCCACCAUCUUCUCAUCCUGACGAGCAGUUGGCAGAUGAUUCUGAAGAUUUUAAGUCAUCGCCUUCUCAUCAACUAGGAUUAGCCUCUUCUCCUAUGCCAUCGUCUAUGACCGAGGCGGAAGAAUAUGAAUUUUCUUUAAGUGUUCUUGAUCUCGGUACACUGCUGAAAGUUGACUACCAACGACCCUUUUUCACUGGCUGGGGUGAUUCGCAUGCAUCUACGCUAGAGGCUAUGUAUACAGAUUCCCAGUCGGAGUGGAAAACGCCCGCCCUUGGCAUUGUUUGGACAAACCAAAUUGCUUGUCGUAUUGUCCUCAAAAUGGAGAACGUUCGAAUUGCCAACCAACGUACAAAAGAUAUCCAUCCGGAGUCGAAUUCGAACACCUUACCUCCUGCCGUUUUUGAUGGACCUGGUUCUCGAAGCCCUACUGAGGCUCAAUCGUGCACACCCUUAACUCAAGAACAGAAUCAAAAAAAUCCAACUUCGGCGCAUAUGGAAUCCGAAAAUAGAAGACCCCGGAAAGAGGAGACCCCCAAUAAACAAAAGGCCAACCCUGCAAACUCUACGACUGGGAUGAUUGAUGACCCUCUGUCUACUACCAUUUCAUCAUAUCGGAAACACCGGACAAUUCAAGUGGUGUUCUCGCCAUGGACUUCUGGUGAUCCGAAUCAUACUCUGGGUUGUUAUGAAAGUGGACCAACCGAAGGUAGAGAGAUGGUUGAAUAUGAUCCCACCUUUAACAAAGUUGGGUUCGAAAUACACCCUGGAGGGAUACGGGGUAUCAGUCCGAUUAACGAUGACUGA